CUGCAGCCAGUUACUGUACCGCAGUCAGGACAAAGCCCACGGAAGACAUUUUUGACAAUGUAUAAGACAAAACUGUGAUGUGGUGCAGAAUAAAUAGAAGUAAAACUUGAAGGGUGUCUAAAAUGUGAAUGAGACCUGUCCAGAUCAAGCAAUAUGUCUUCAGUUGGUGACCGUCCUAACAGUGCUGUGUUACCCUGUGUGAAUGAUGUCUCUCAUGAAUACAGUAGUGAUGUAGUUGGUGAUGGAGACCAUGACGGCAGCGGUGUGGACGGACACCAUGAAAGCCAUUCUGGGGAUAGACAAAAUGGACAUAAUAACAGAAGCUCUGGAAAUGAAGAAUGUGGAAAUAUUGACAGCAGCGUUCCAGAACAAGAUAAGGCCAAAACUGGAUAUGAAGGUGGAGAAGAUGAGGAGAUGAAUGACAGAGACAUUGUCAACAAUGUGGCCAGUGUAGAUGAAACAGCUGUUUUCAUCAAGAAAGCCAACAAAACACAUACAGAAAAUUCCACAGUGAAAGCCUCGUUUUGGUGUCAACUGAAAGCCAUGCUUUGGCGUAACAUCCUUCUGAAGAAGAGAAAUAUGAAACAGUGUUUGCAGGAAAUCUUUUUCCCAGUCUUUUUUGUAUCACUGAUGGCAAUGAUAAAGGCACUAACAGAACCUAAAACCUUUCCAGCUGUUUCUUUCCCUGAAAAUCCACUUUCCAGCAACAGAUUUCACUUCGAUACUUCAAAGAUGUUGUUGGUGUCACCUAACACACCAGAGGUUGGUAGUUUGAUGACUGAGAUAUCAACCCUUCUUGGUGGUGUUCACUAUGAGACAUUUCCCAGCCAGGCUGCGGCCGAAGAGAGGUACAAAGCAAACCCGACCGAUGUGGCAGCUGGGAUUAUAUUUGGCUUUCAAGGAGCAAAUAUGAGUUACGCAAUUCGGAUGCCGUAUAGGUCUCUGCCUUCUAUCAGUGAUAUGUUUACUGAAGCACAGAAUCAGGGUGAGUGUCGAAAGAGUCCUAAUGGAACUGAUUUUGGAAUGAAAUGUCAAGCCAACAAGUAUCUCUCAACUGGUUUUGUCUGGCUGCAGAAUGUUGUUGAUACUGCAAUCAUAAGACAAUUUAGGCCAAUAUUUCCUAUGCCAGAGGUCUCAGUCCAGUUGAUGCCCAAGGCUAAAUUCACAGAAAGUCUUGAAAGCAUCCAAAUUGGGUCGGCUAUCUACUUCGUUCUGGCUUACUCCUUCUUCAUCAACUUUCUGUGUGUCAAUCUGGUAGCAGAGAAAGAGAAGAAGAUUCGAGAAGGAAUGAAGAUGAUGGGUCUCAGAGACUCUGUUUGGUGGCUGUCAUGGGCACUGGUCUACAUGUUGGUUAUCUUCCUUGUGACUGUUAUUGUCGUCAUCAUUGCCAUGGCAACAUCCUUUUUUCACAAGGACAGCUUGUUGAUGUUUUUCAUCCUGAUGUUCCUGUACGGAGUGUCGAUCAUUAACCUGGCAUUUGUGAUGACUCCUUUCUUCAAGAAGGCUCAGGUUGCAGGAAUCGUGGCCGGUUUCUCCACCAUCAUCAUCAGCCUGCUGCACUUUAUUGUCAGCAUGACGAGGACGACCACCCUCACCGGCUACGACUACAGCAUCUCACCAGCUGGUCGCUGGGCUCUCUGUCUGCUGUCGCCUGUCGCUUUCUCACUGGCCAUAGAUCAGGGAAUAUUUCUGGAUGUUGUUAAAGGAGGAAUGACGUUUUCCAAUAGCAAGAUGGGAGACUUUCCACUGUAUGCACCCAUUGUCAUGUUAGUUGUUGACAGCUUUCUGUACCUUAUCCUGGCAGUCUACUUUGACCACGUUAUUCCUGGAGACUAUGGUCCCCAUUAUAAGCCAUGGUUCUGCUUGUUGCCAUCCUACUGGUGUGGGAGAAAGAAGACUGAGGUAAUUCAUGGGCAAGAUGAGGACGGUGUGAGACUCGACGUGACAGCACAAGCUGAAGCAGACCAUCUGGAGCCAGUUUCUGCAGAUCUGGCAAGCAAAAUAGGCCUUCGAAUAUUAAAUAUUUCAAAGACAUUCAAAGAUCAGGAUUCUACAGUCAAAGCUGUAGAUGAAUUGUCACUGGAUAUAUAUGAAGGUCAGAUUACAGCACUACUUGGUCACAACGGAGCUGGGAAGACAACUCUGAUUAACAUGCUCUGUGGAUUAUCUCCUCCAACCUCUGGGACGGCAAUAAUAAAGGGCUUGGAUGUGUCCAACAGUGGAGAUUUGUGGCAAAUUUGGGCGAUGACCGGAGUCUGUCCUCAGCAUGACAUCCUGUAUGAUGAGCUGUCGAGUCGUGAACACCUCGCCAUAUUCGCUGCCAUCAAGGGAGUGAAAGAAGAACUCAAGGCCAAUGUUGUUGAAACGAUCAUGAAGGCUGUUGACAUUGAUGACCAGGCCGAUGUGUUUGUCAGGAACCUGAGUGGAGGACAGAAGAGAAAACUCUCGGUUGCAAUCGCCUUAAUUGGAGAUCCCAAGAUCCUGUUUCUUGAUGAGCCAACAGCCGGAAUGGAUCCUUACUCCAGACGCCACCUGUGGUCUCUCCUGAAGAACAGCAAAGAGGGGAAGAUAAUUCUGUUGACCACACAUUUUAUGGAUGAAGCUGAUAUAUUGGCAGAUCGGAAGGCCAUUAUCAACCAUGGAAAAUUGAAAUGUUGUGGGUCAUCACUGUUUCUUAAACAAAGAUUUGGAAUUGGCUACCAUUUGAACAUGGUGGUAGACCCCGAUUGUCAAGCUGACAAGGUGACUGAUUUUCUGAAACAGCAAGUUUCUGGUGUGGAAAUGAAGAGGGCACAUGCCAAAGAACUUGCAUUUACCAUGCCCAUGGCAGAAGUGUCAAAGUUUCCUAAAUUGUUUGCUGCACUUGAGUCACCUGUUGACCAGAGACAGACACUUUCUGAGUCGCUUGGUAUUAAAGGCUACGGAGUGUCCAUGACAUCACUGGAAGAAGUGUUCUUGAAAAUAGGGUCAGAGAUUGAAGAAACUGUGCCAUUCCAGCCAUCCUCGCCAAGCAGGCACCACCAGACAACCAUGUGGGAGGAAAACACCAGCGUUACGUCUCAGCGAUUCUGGACCUUGCUGAAGAUUCGACUAAAAAUAAAGAUCAGGAGCACGACUGCUUUGAUCUUCCAGAUUCUGAUUCCCAUUGUGCUUGUCAUCAUUGGCUGCGUUCUCAACAAACAAGGCACAUCCGAGGACACCUCAUUUACAAGACCAGUGACAAUGAAACCUUUCUACGUUGGGCCAAAUGAGGCACCUUUCCUUGCUGUUGAUUCGGCAGGCACUUCAGUUUCAAAUCAGUUUAUUGAAGGACUGAAGAGCGUCUAUGAUGUUGACAGUGUCAAUGCAUCUGUGAAUAUUACUGAUCUGCCAAAACACUGGAUGGGCUUUAACCUUUAUGACUUACAAACAAAUCUGAAAUCAAGAUACACUGCAAUGUAUAAUGACUCCGCUAUUCAUUCGCUGCCAGCAGUGAUCAACCUGGUUUCAAAUGGACUUCUUGCAUUUGCUGAGAAUAUGACAGGAAUCUCUGCAUCCAGUUUGAUGUGGCCGCCGGUUGUGCAGUCUGUUAAACCAAAACUCUCAUACAAUUCCAAUUCAUUCUCGGCAGCAUUUGUUCUUGCCGUGGCAUUUGUUGUUGUACCAGCAGGCUUUGCUGUGGAGAUGGUCGCUGAUCGACAGAUCCCGUCAUUCACUACUGAAGGAGCCAUGUUAAUACUGGUGCUACUCUUCCUAGCGUACAUCCCGGCCAAUCUCCUGCUCGCCUACGUGUUCUCGUUUGCCUUUGAAAGUUUUGAGACCUGUCAGGCGGUUCUGCCCAAUGUCUUCAUCUUCUCGGGAAUUAUUCCCUACAUAGCGGUAUCUCUGAUGGAUAUGUUGGGUGCCCCGGAUGUAGCAGAGUAUGUUCACUAUGUGAUGUGUGCCAUUGAUCCACCUUAUAUCGUUUUUGGAGGAAUCUACUACAUCGACAGGAUCUCAGUUGUGGCAGGCAUCCUGCAGAAACCAGUGACCUUUGACAUGUACUUCAAGUGGGGCAAUAACAUCCUCUAUCCAAUCAUCAUGUCUGUCAUACAUCUCGGAAUUAUGUAUCUCCUCCUGAGAUUCCUGGACAUCCGCAGCACUGGUGCUAACCCAGGUGAAGAGUUGCCGUGUUUGUCCUCGAAGAUCCGGGACAUCCCCGCGGAGAACAGUGACGUUCCUGAUGAUGAGGAUGAUGAUGUCGCAGCAGAACGGCGCCGGGUGUUUGACCUUCAGAGAGAUCAAAAUAAGGUUCCAGUCGCAUUUGUGGAGAACCUAAGAAAGGAAUUCAAGAAACGUGGAAAGAGUUCAGGAUUUUGUAAGAAAGCUUCAGUGAAGGUAGCUGUACGUAAUGCAACGUUUGCUGUGGAUAGAGGUGAGGUUUUUGGAUUGCUUGGACCUAAUGGAGCUGGGAAAACAACUACACUGAACAUGAUCAUCGCGGAAACAUCAGCCACCAGAGGAAAGAUCAUUGUAGCAGGUAACAGUGUCCAUUCUGGUACAGCCAAAGCUCUUGGGGCUCUUGGCUACUGCCCACAACAUGAUGCAUUGUGGGGUACGAUAACCCUGAAGGAACACUUGGUGUGCUAUGCAGCCAUUAAGGGAAUACCACGAGGAGAGAUUGACUCUUUGGUCAACUACUACAUAGAAAAUCUACAAGUUGAAGAUCACGUAAAUAAAUGGGCUGUGAAGUUGUCUGGAGGGACACAGCGAAAGGUGAGCUAUGCAAUCAGUAUGCUGAGUACGCCACAGAUUGUUUUACUUGAUGAACCAUCUACCGGCAUGGACCCACAGUCCAAGAGAUUUCUCUGGGACACAAUCAGCUCUAGCUUCAAGUCGAGUGGGCGAGGAGCCAUUUUGACAACACACUACAUGGAAGAGGCUGAUGCUUUGUGCUCCAGGGUGGCCAUCAUGGUUAAUGGUCAGAUACAAUGUCUUGGACCGACUCAACAUCUGAAGGACAAGUUUGGCAGUGGCUAUCUUCUGGAGAUCAAACUGCAGGUCACCCGAGGCGACAUUGAAAAGCAGAUGGACAAACUUGAAUCUCACCUUGCUGACCUGUUCCCACAGAUAGACCGACUGGAACGCUUUGCUGAACGUGGUUGGUACAGGAUUGCCAAGGGUAAAAAGUUGCUGUCGGAGGCAUUUUCUGCCUUGGAAGACUUGAAGAGUUCACACAGUGUAGAAGAAUACAGCUUCAGUCAAUCGACACUGGAACAGGUCUUUUUGGACUUUGCAAAGAAGCAGCAUAAUGAAGAAAUGGAUGAUCUUGAAAAGAAAACCGUAAGUGUGACAUCAGCUGCACACUUGAUGACAAAAGGCAGUCCCCCACCAGUGGAUGUUUGAUUAUCUGUCACAGCAGACUUGCUGAAAUCGCCCAGCAGUGGAUGUUUGAUUAUCUGUCACAGCAGACUUGCUGAAAUCCCCCACCAGUGGAUGUUUGAUUAUCUGUCACAGCAGACUUGCUGAAAUCGCCCAGCAGUGGAUGUUUGAUUAUCUGUCACAGCAGACUUGCUGAAAUCCCCCACCAGUGGAUGUUUGAUUAUCUGUCACAGCAGACUUGCUGAAAUCGCCCAGCAGUGGAUGUUUGAUCAUCUGUCACAGCAGACUUGCUGAAAUCGCCCAGCAGUGGAUGUUUGAUUAUCUGUCACAAUUAUUUCUGUGACGAUUCAUACAUGAUGUUGCAUGUGCUGUUUUCUUUUAGAACAAUGAAAGUGUGAAACGCAAGUGCUAAUUAAGCUUUACAUAAAAUGACUCUUUUUCUUUUUUGUUCUUUUUUUUCAGAAAGUUUAGUAUCCCCAUUAAUUUAAAAAAAAUUUUUAUGGUAAUACCAGGUUUGGGCGCCCUGGUAUCACUACCUUCUUACAUUGACCGACUCUUAGUGUCUGGUUCAUCAUUUUUUCAAACAACAGUAGACAAUACCAGUAAGCCUUUGAGAGGGUGGACUGGGUUUUAUAUCAUAAUUAUGCUCAAUGAGUGGGUGUUCAAUAAUUUUUUUGACAAUUUCUGUGACGAUUUAUACAUGAUGUUGUAUGUGCUGGGGUUUUUUAGAAAAAGGAAAGUUUGAAAUCAAGUGCUAAUUAAGCUUUAAAUAGAAUGACUCUUUUUCUCUCUGAGCGGGAUGUAGCUCAAGUGGUAGUGUGUCCACCUGUGAAGCAGUCGUUCAUCAGAUCGAUCCUUCUCAGUAGACCCAUUUGCAGUUUGGGCUAUUUUCUGUUCCAACCAGUGGUCCACAACUGGUUCAUCAAAUGCUGUGGUGUGUGCUGUCCUGUAUGUGGGAAAGUGCAUAUAA